CCACUGUCGGGUACGUGAAACGGUGCGGAUUUUCCGUGUUACGGUGCUUCCAUCCAAGAUGUCGGAUCGAGAAACAACAAGAAGUUUCACUGUCGGAGAAGAAAACCUGUGUUACUAUUGUAAGUUCUCCAGUGUGGAUCUUCAAGAGUGUAUCAAUCACUUAGUUGUUCAGCAUGGUCAUCUGCAACUCAAAUUAAGAACGAGAGCAUUCAACGCGUCAACGGGUCAAAUCGGUCUUUUAUCAAAAGAUUUUGGAGUUAUACCAAAUUUAGAGCUGGAAACUGGACAAUACUUCAAAGUAGAUGCAACGACAUUUUCACUGGAAGUCAAAUGCAAUAAUGAAAAUAUUGAUAUUUUACAAGAAUCUUUUCACAAUCUUUCACUCUGUGUCAUAAUAAUUAUUCUGAAAACACAUAUAUAUAUUUGCCAUGUAACUGAUGAAAUACUGUUCAACAUGCGUUAUAGCGCAACGAGGUAUUAAAGCCAUUUUUUAAAUAUCUGUUUGUUUCACCUUUAUCAUGAUUAUAUAGUGUAAAAUAAUCUGCUACAGGAGUUAACUAGGACCAAUGUUGUCAUUUUCAGGUACCG